UCUUAACUCAAAUAGCCAUUCAGCAUAAGUUACCAUGGUACCCAGAGUUAAACCUCGAUAACCAGGAUCUAUCCGAGUCGUUUCUCUGCGUCUGAACGGACCACACGCUGACGGCCGCCGCCGGUACCAUGGCUUCCUAUCUGCAGAUCGCCGACGAUGAAAAGGGCCACGAGCUGGACCUCUUCUGUGUUCCCAGACAUUACGAGAACGACCUGGACAAGGUGAUCAUCCCCCACGGACUCAUCAUGGACAGAACAGAGCGACUGGCCCGAGACAUCAUCCGGGACAUGGGGGGGCACCACAUCGUGGCCCUGUGUGUGCUGAAAGGGGGCUACAAGUUCUUUGCGGACCUGCUGGACUACAUCAAAGCACUGAACCAGUACAGCGAUAAAUCAGUCCCGCUGACGGUGGACUUCAUUAGGGUGAAGAGCUACUGCAAUGACAAGACGACAAACAGUGUCAAAGUCAUCGGAGGGGACGAGCUGUCCAAUCUCUCAGGAAAGAAUGUUUUGAUUGUUGAGGAUAUCGUGGAGACAGGAAGGACAAUGCAGACGCUGCUUUCCCUGCUGAGUGAAAGUAAUCCCAAGAUGGUUAAAGUUGUAAGCCUUCUGGUGAAGAGGACCCCGAGGAGUUCAGGGUACAGACCAGACUACAUUGGCUUUGAGGUACCAGAUGCCUUUCUGGUGGGCUACGCUUUGGACUACAAUGAGUACUUCAGAGAUCUCAGUCACAUCUGCAGUAUGAAUGAGCAAGCCAAGGAGAAGUACAAAGUGUGAGCAGACCCCUAAUGACUGAAUCGAUGAAGACGAGGACCACUGUGAUGACCCUCCAUAGCUUUGCCCUGUUCUGAAUGUUAUUUAUUUUUCUACAUAAGAAUCCACAAAAUGUGAGUCGUGGGUUGUAAAUAACUUCAAGAAGAACAUUUCUUUUGCGCCUGAAUUGAAUAAGUGGGAUCACUUAUGUAUAUUAAUUAAUUUAAAAUUUCAUUUAUUUAUUCACUUCCGUGUAUAGACUCUACCUGUAAAUUACAGUUUGAUCUUGGAAAUAAGGGGAGAAGAAUGUCAUUAAUUUGCUCUGGAUAAUUAAAUCACAGGUCUCAGGCUACUGCUUUGUUUUAUUGAGCUGUUGGAUGUCAACAGCCUUCUUCUUUGUACAUUUUUCUCGUUAUGCCAUAAAAAUGACUUGGAAUGUACUUGUAUGUUUUAUUUCAUGUCUGAUGAUUUAACAAAAGACCUGUUUACAGCAAUACAAAUCCCGUUGGAACCUUG